CUACCUCGAAGAACACUUGUCCCAUCGGGGGGUCUUCGGCGGAGAACCAAAGUCCAAACACCCCCUUCAGACCUCUUCCCUCAGCAACUGCAACAUGACCGGAAGCGCCCAGGGCUCCGAGUUGGACCGCUGCCCCAAGGACCUCGGCAGACACGACGAGAAUGUGAGGCCUCCUCCUUACGUCUACUCCGACCGGAUCAAGAAAGUCGACGCCGCGAUGAGCUCGGUGGCUGCCUUGCAUGUGGCCUGCAGCUGUCCUUCUCCCGCUCAACCGGGGAAGCUGCCCCCGCCCUCGGCCUUCCCUCCCCAGCCAAUCCACCCCAACAUGUACACCAUCUUCCCCUUGACCAAGGAGUCCGGGAGGGAACACAAGGUCAUCGCGCCCACCUUCGUGCCUUCCCUCGAGGGGUACGACGAGAGGAACGGCCCCAUUCAGAUUGCCUCUCAAGCCCGGGACAAUGCCAAGCUGAAGGAGAAGGAGGUUCCCACCGCUGCCCGAGUGGGGGUCUUGCAGGCCGUCCCCGAGAGGUGCCUGACGGAGGCUUCGCGCAACCUUUUGGCCCAGGAGUUCUCCCUCCACGCAGACGCCAAGCGGAUGGAGAUCCUGCGGGAGAAAAGCUCGGUCAUCAGGGCCAACUCCAUGGUCUUGAAGAAGCAGGCGGCUUCCGAGAACUUCCUGAACAGGCCGAGGUUGAACUCCCCCGAAAGCAGGGAGUACCUCCCUUUGAAGGACUUGCCCAAAGCGGGCUUGGAGGCAGAGCAUCGCUCCUGCGAGCGGGACCGUUUUCAAAGACCCGGCUGCAAAGAAGCGGUGAAGAUCUAUGGCACUUUGGACACCUCGUCUUCUUCCUCCUCUGCUUCCUCCUUGUCCUCUUCCUCCCGGCAGCAUUUAGAUCCCAACCAGCAGCUGAAGCCCCCAGAACAAAAAUGGAAGCCUUUUGAAAUGGGCAACUUUGCCACCACUCAGAUGGCCGUUUUAGCUGCCCAACACAACCAUGCCAAUCGGGUGGAGGAGGACGCCAAGAAGACCUACCUGGAGCCCAGCAACCUGCAGAGGUCCUCCGUGGUGGGAGGCCGGAGCGUGCCAGAGAGCCUCCACCCUCCCUCGCACGGCGAAGGCUCCGCCAUGCAAAGCCUCAUCAAGUACAGCGGCAGCUUUGCCAAGGAGGCGUCGGCACGGCAAGGUGGCGGCAAGAAAAGUCCUUUUGGGGGCCUGGGCAACAUGAAGCUGGACCCUGGUCAACAGCCUUCCCCCAAGCUCCAGCAGCUGCUGCCUCACCAAGCCGGCAAGCAGCUGAAGAAGGAACCAGAGCGGCCUGAAAGUGCCAAGUCUUUUGGACGCGAGAGCAUUGGAUCUCAAGGAGAGGUGGAAGUUAGACAUCUCCCCGUUGGCAUCGCGGUGGCGGUGGCUCGCCAGAAGGACAACAGCAGUGGCAGCAAGCUGGGGCUCGUGGACCGCGACCGCUCCCUCUCCUUGAGUAAUGUGAAAGGACACGGACGGCUGGACGAGGACUGUGGGGACGACCGCCAACGCCUUCGAGAAAACCACCUUCUGGCAAGUCGUCUGGAACGAGACCAGGAGAAACUUCUCAGAGAAAGCAAAGAAUUGGCUGAUUUUGCUCGGAUCCAUCCGGCUACUUGCGCUACCAGUGGCUUAAACUCUAACCUCAUGGUGACUGGGGGGCCACCCCUGACCAGUUCGGGACGGUGGAUUGGUGACCCCACACCACAUCUGGCGACCCAUCCAUGGUUACCCAGAAGCAGCAGUUCGUCCAUGUGGCUUACCGGCCAUCCCUAUGGGCACCCGUCUCUGCACCAAGGCAUGGCCCCUGGCUUUCCUUCCAGCAUGGGGGGAGCACUCCCCUCUGCAUACCAGUUUGCCAGAGAUCCUCAAUCCGGCCAGCUAGUCAUGAUCCCCAGUGAACACCUGACCCACUUUGCAGAACUCAUGGACCGUGCGCCCCCUCUCUGGCCUGCAUUAUAUUCUCCCACCAGGGGCUCUCUCCAGCACGCUCACCAGCUCCAGCUCUUAUCUCACCAGCAGCUGAUUCGUCAGCAUGAGCUAUACCUCCUGCAGCAACAGGCUGCGCACGCCCAGUUGGUGGAGAGGCUAAAAGCCAGCGAACAGCGGGCAGAGAUGGAAGAGAAGAUAACGAAGCGCAACCUGGAGAAUGCCAAACCAACGUCUGCCUCAACCCUUCUGCACCGGAAGCCCCCAGUUUUGUCUCCGAGCUCUUCUGCGUCCUACAAUAAGGUGGUCAGCCCGCCUCCACUAUCACCCAGGUCCUCCUCCGUGUCAGUGCUCAAAGCCGAGGUGAUACAAAAGUUGGAGAAACCAUCAAGCCAGCCAGCCUAUUCCUACCCCACUACUCCCAUCACGCAUCCAUCGAGCCCACUGGCUGCUUCUCCACCGCCUGCCCCAAACCUCCCUCCAAAGGAAGAGGAGGAAACCGAGAACAUGGAGAAGAAAGAGCUGGAACUGGAGAAAGAGACCUCUGCUUCAUACCAGACGUUGUUUCCAGAAAUUCCAUCCGGCUAUCCAUUCCAGUCUCUUCCAGACUCCUUCAGAAGACACUAUCCAUACCUUCUCCAGCCAACGGCUGCAUCUGAGGCAGAUGAGUUGGGCUCCAGUGUCCCUCUGCCCACCAGGAGUCCUGAGCGCUUGACACUUUCUCCAGAGGUGAAGCCCAUUCAUCUUUCCCCAUCCAAGAUGGUCAAACCCAUCCAGACGGCGGAGGAAGAAGAAUCCUUAGAAGAACGGGUGAAAACGGAGAUGGAGAUGGACAAUAGCCAGGAGGAAGGUAUCUGCGAACACGAUAUGGAGGCCCUGGAGAUGGCCACCUCGGUUGCCCUCCCUGUGGAGGACGCCAAUGAUUGUGAUCUUCAGUUGCACCACGGCGAAGCCCUCCGGAGUUCAGACCAUGAGGAAGUUCUUGAGGAUUGCCAAGCUGCCUAUCCGGGGAUAUCCUGCUCAGUGGAAAUGGAAGCCCAAGCAGAAGAGACCAACGACAGUGAAACAUGCCCCAUUCAUGACUACGGUGGGAGUGUGUUACAGAGAGAUGCUGAACAGCCUGAGAUGGGGUUGGUUCCUCAGCCUGAGAAGUCACCAUUGGCUGUAGAAAUGCCCCAUAUCAGAUCUCCCCCAAACAGAGAAUUUCCCAGCGUGCUUCAGGAAGAGGAGGAACCCAUGCUAGAAGCCCCCGUCUACAGGAAUGAGAUAUAUACCUGCCCAGUCCCAUCUCUGGACAUCAACAUGGACGACCCCUUGGCUGGUAUGAACGCAUUAGCAGCAGCAGCUGAAUUACCCCAAGCGUGCUCCUUGCUCACGCACAGCGAUGGUGUCCCUCAGGAGGCAGUGGUGAACUUGGAGGUGUCUUCCAGCCUGUCCCCAGAACACACUUUUCUGCACGGAAUUACCCUCUUGAGCGAAAUCGCGGAACUGGAGUUGGAGAAACGGCGGCAGGAAACCGAAGGCCCAGAGAAUUUCUCAGCUCAUCCAGCCUUGGAAAGCCUCUUAGCUGCUGGUACCCAGAUGCUGAUGGAAGUUCUCUCCACCCCCUUCAUGGAUAGCCUGAAGAACAUCCGUCUGCCUCGAGAACUGAACCCCAAUAAGAAAUACAGCUGGAUGCAAAAGAAAGAGGAGACGAUGUAUUCCAUAAAGUCGUCCAUUGGGAACAUGGAUGGCAUGGAACUGGAUUACAGGAUGAAGUUGGCCGAGCUGCAGAGGAGAUACAAGGAAAAGCAGAGGGAAUUGGCGAAGCUUCAGCGGCGGAGAGACUCCGAGGAAAAGCAUGACCAGACAAAUAGAAGCUUGACAAAACGAGGUCCGGGAAGGCCCAGGAAACGGAACCAUGGAUCAAGCGCUCUGUCGCCCCCUAAGGAGCGAGGGAAGAGUGACGGCAGGAGUGGAAAGCUCAGCAAAUCCCUCUUGCUUUCCGAAGACUCAGAAAUGGGCGAAGGGCUGGAGGAGAAGCACCGAGGUCUUCUCCUGGAUGAGGAAGAGGAGGGAGAGACCAGGAGUGGGAAGGCGAAGACCAGGCAUCGGAGUUGGGAUGAGCAAGACCUCUUGAUGAACUUCUCCAGUGAGCUCAAGAUUAAGAAGAAGAAGCUGGCCUCUGAUCAGGAACAACUGAUGAGCAAGCUCGACAAAGCCCUGUCGCUCACCCGGCGCGGCAAACUGAAAUCCCCGUUCAAGUUUGCCAAUGGGGGAGGGAGAGGGAGGCAGAAAAAUGGCGGCUGCUACAACAGCCAAUACCUGUCCCCCCACGGUGCCUUGUUUGGCAAGGAUGCCAAAAAGAACUUGGCUAAAAGCCUCAGCUUCUCCCUGAAGGCCUCGAAAGAAGGUAAAAACAAAAUGGCGGUCAAAAUGAAGAAGUUGGAGGUAGGGCUAAAAAUGAAAAGCCGCCACCUGAAGGUUUCCAAUUCUCCUGCGGUAUCUGAAGUGAGCAGUUAUUCCUACAAUACAGAUUCUGAGGAAGAGGAGGAAUCCCUGAAGGAUGAGUGGUCUUCUCAUUCCGCGACCGGAGCCAGGAUGAGACCUUCCGGCCUCUAUAGUGUAAUGGCCCCUAAAUGCAGCAGGAUCUCCGACAUCUUCAAAGCCAGAAAGAAGACCGUCCCCUCCACUAGGACUCUCAAAUCUAAACUGGCUGCAAAUAGAAAGCAGGAAUUUUGUUUGUUCUCCCGAGAGAUCAAAGCGGGAUCAUCAUACAGUGAUUCUUCGGAGGAAUCAUUUGAUCAAGAUUCUAGCUCGGAAGAAGAGGAGGAGGACGAGGAAGAGGAGGAAGAAGAUGACGAUGAAGAAGAAAUGGAAGGCUAUGGGGCAGUGGUCAAUGAGAGGCUCUCCCCAUCAGCUUUGGAUGAAAGUGGCUUGGGACUCCUGGCUAGAUUUGCAGCCAGCGCCAUCCCAAGUCCCAUCAUUGGGCCUUCAGUGUCCCUCGUCCAACUGGAAGCCAAACAGAAAGCCAAGAAGAAGGAAGAGAGACAAAGCCUGUUGGGGACCGAGUUUGAAUAUACCGACUCUGAAAGCGAUGUGAAGAUCCGGAAGAAACUCCCAGCAGGUUUACUGCAUGGGAAGAAAGGAUCUCUAGAUCAAGGUCCAUCUGCCAACGCCAUGGAGGCCUCCACGGGCAACACCUUGGACAAGACCAAGAUGGGGCCCGAGAAGAGCCGGAAGCUGAAGAAAUUCAGGUCCCCCAAAGACCUGAGCUUUGAAUUUGGGCUGGAGGUCAAUGAUGACGAUCCUUGGAAUCGCCGGCGGAGUGAACGGAUCUUCCUCCACGACGCGACCACUUCAGCCGGCGUGGCCUCCACCGCCUCAGCCAGCUCGAUUCCGGUUUCCAAAAACGGACGCUGCCUGAAGGGGGGCAACCUUUUGAGCCCCAAGAAGGAAGGGAGCAAGGGGAAGGAGAGGAAAGAACUGGGCAAGAAGAAGAAAAAUAAAGACGGGACCAUCUGCUCUUCCUCUGGCUCAUCCUCUUCUUCCUCCUCUUCGCUUUCUCCUCUGGGCAUCGCCAGCUCCCUGCCGGAUCUGCGUGCCAGCUUGACCAACUCUUUGACCUCCAACAAGAAGAGCAAGGCCAAAGCUAAGAGUAAAGAGGCGAAGAAGGAGACCCGAGGGAAAGGAGGAGCUGUGAGCAAACUUAUGGAAAGCAUGGCCGCUGAAGAAGACUUUGAACCCAACCAAGACAGCAGCUUCUCCGAGGACGAGAACAUACCCUUGAACCUCCUUCUGGAAAGGCCCCUGACUCCAGCUCCUCGUUCUUGCAUCAUUGACAAAGACGAACUGAAGGAUGGCUUGAAGGUCCUUAUCCCCAUGGAUGACAAGUUACUCUACGCCGGGCACGUCAAGACCGUUCAUUCUCCUGACAUAUACCGGGUGGUUGUGGAAGGUGAGCGAGGAAACCGGCCACACAUUUACUGCUUGGAACAGUUGCUGCAGGAAGCGAUCAUCGAUGUGAAACCCCCGUCCGUGCGGUUCCUCCCGGAAGGCGCACGAAUAGCUGCCUAUUGGAGUCAACAGUACCGAUGCCUCUACCCAGGGACAGUUGUCCGAGGUGUCCAUGAUCAAGAGGAAGAUGGCAAUUUGAUCACUGUGGAAUUUGACGAUGGGGACACCGGGAGGAUCCCUUUAUCUCACAUCCGGCUUCUCCCCCCUGAUUACAAGAUCCAAUGUGCUGAGCCCUCUCCUGCCCUCCUGGUGCCCAGCAUGAGACGCCGCAGCCGUAAAUCCAGUAAGGAUGAAGGCAAUGGGGUGGAAUCAGAAGACUCGGGAGCCAAAGGCAAAGGGCGUGGAAGGAAGCCCAACAAGAAACAAAAAACAGAAUCCGUCCUGGCAGACCAGACCAUCGUGGGGGAGAUGCUGUCCACCUCUUCUCUUGGCUCGGAAAUGCCGGUUUGCAAACAAGCUUCCAAAAAGAUCCCGUCGGAUCCUUCCAGGACUUCCCCAGCUCCGGUCGAAGACAAGCAUCACAGCAAAGCAGGCAAGGGGAAGAUUCCUGCCAAGCUCCAUAGCUCGGUUCCCGCCACCUUCCAGACACCGGUGUUCGGCAGCGUUCGUGGGAACGAACCCUACCCUGGACCGUACGGUCCUUCCAGCGGCUCCUCGGGGAAAGUCAAAUCGAAGAAAGGAAAAUCCACCGAGGAGGGACAAGAAUUUGGGUCUGCUCCCAAAGCUCAGAGGAAGAUCCCAGACAGUGAGAUCUUGAUCAAGCUGGACCACGAGGGGGUCAUGUCUCCCAAGACCAAGAAGACCAAAGAGGCCAUGAGGAUGCUGGGGGAGUCAAGUCUGGCCAGUAGGAGAGAAGCUAAGAACAUCUUAGGGCUCAGCUACACUACCAUGGCCUGUUCGAACCCCAAGCAGAAACCUUCUCGGAGCAAGGUUGCCAAGGGAGAGCCCUCUACUAAUUUUGGAGGCAAGUUUGAGAACUCUGGAGAUCCUCCAUCUUCUUCUAAGGCUCAAGAAGACAACAGUGAAGUGGCCCCUGCGAGGGACGAGUCGGAAAGUAGUGGUAGCAGCUCGGAUUCUGAAGGAGGAGAAGAAGAAGAAACGGAGAAGAAUGGAAGUGGAGCUCAAGAUAGCAGCUCGGCCAGUUCGAGAGCCUCUACUCCAAUUUCCUCUUCAAACUCCUCCUCCUCUUCUUCCUCCAGCAGCAGUAGCUCCUCCUCCUCUUCUUCUUCUUCUUCCUCCUCCUCCUCCUCUUCCUCCUCCUCCACUUCCUCCUCCAGCUCCAGCUCCUCUUCCUCUUCCUCCUCCUCUUCCACCACCGACGAAGACUCUUCCUGCAGCUCCGAAGACGAGGGGGCAGAGACCCAACCCAGCGCCUCUUCCACGCCGCCCACCCUCCCCGCCAAGCCCACCAAGGCCUCAGGGAAAUUGCCGUCUUCUUCACAUUCCCGAAACCCGAAGCAACCCCAGCAACAGGUAGCGCAAAAGCAACAACCAAGCGGGAACAAGAACCGGAGUAAGAAACGGGAAGGGAUCCACUUGCCCACCACGAAAGAGCUCGCUAAACGCCAGAGGCUGCCCUCGGUGGAGAACCGGCCCAAAAUUGCUGCCUUCCUGCCUGCACGGCAACUUUGGAAGUGGUUUGGGAACCCCACCCAGAGACGCGGAAUGAAGGGCAAAGCCCGCAAACUCUUCUACAAGGCCAUCGUCCGCGGGAAGGAGAUCAUCCGUAUUGGAGACUGUGCUGUCUUUCUGUCAGCAGGGAGGCCCAACCUCCCCUACAUUGGCCGGAUCCAGAGCAUGUGGGAAUCCUGGGGAAACAACAUGGUGGUCCGAGUGAAAUGGUUCUAUCACCCUGAGGAGACCAAUCCUGGGAAAAAGCUCAACGAAAGCAAGCGAUGGGAUCAAAAAUCGGCCCAGACUUUAUCAGCAGCUCUUCAAGCUUCCAGUCAGAGAAAAGACUUCAUGGAGAGGGCUUUGUACCAGUCCUCCCACGUGGAUGAAAACGACGUUCAGACAAUCUCACACAAAUGCCUAGUGGUUGACUUGGAGCAAUAUGAGCAGAUGCUGAAGACGAAGAAGUAUCAAGACAGCGAAGACUUAUACUACCUAGCAGGGACUUACGAGCCCACCACGGGCAUGAUCUUUAACACGGAUGGAGUCCCCAUCGUUUGCUGAGCAACUUUGGAGAAAGGGGAAUGCGGGAGGCACCUCGCACCUUGUGCCUCCCUCGGAGGAACGACAGACGGAAUGAAAAACAAAAAAAGCUAUGUGCCUGUUGAAACGACAGCUUGAUUGUGUUGUGCUCGGUCACAAUAUUUCCAAAAUUAAAGAGGGAGAGAGAGAGAAGUCUGCAAGAGAUUCUCCCCAUCCUCAAACCACUUCAUGGAUUCAGAGAGCCGAUGGAUUGGAUUCUGUGGCUCCUUGAAAAGGAAUUUACCGUUCGGGGUUUUUAAGAGAAUUAAUUCUUGGGCAGCGUGCCUAAUUCCAAUCCUCUGCAAUAAAGUAUUGGACUACAGGCGGCUCCACCACCAAUCAAUCUUUGAGCAUUGGACGUUCAUAGAGGCCAAUUUCAAAUUAUUUCAAGAGGCCAAUUUUUUUGUGUGGGAGAGGAAUUGGCACUUUUUUUAUCUUCAGGGUACCGGUUUUUAUCUGCCCUCAACCAACUGAAAACUCGACGUAUGGAAGAAUAUGCGGUUGGUCCAGGGACAGUUUGAGCAAAUGCCAAUCAAGAGGUGGGCUGGUCAUUUUUCCACCCACUUCUCUUAUCUUCAAAAACUGUUCUACCAGAGAACUGGUGUGAAGAAGCAACUGUAGAAGCCAUCUUGGCCAACAAGAUGGUUUCUGGGGGGAACAGUUGUCCCACUUUUCUUUUUGAGUUACAAGGACUUAAGAGCGGGUGGGUUCAGAAACCCACCCGCUGGAUUUCAUUUGUUCUCUUUUGCAACCCUUUCUCUCCAAACUCUUGGCAUGAUGAAGGAGCCUCUUUCUCUUCUAGGGAAGAGCUGUUCAACGGACACGCUUCCUCCUUCAUGUAAAGUGAAUGUAUUUUACUCCAGGUCCCGCUUGGGGGAAAAAAAUGGCUCCUCAUCAGAGGUUCAAUGAAUAUUUUGGGGGGUGGGGGGUGGAAUCUAUAUUUGAGAAAGUAGACAGGUCAGCUGCCUUGCUAUGGCCACCUCAAGAAACAUUUCAACUACACCUUCAACAUUGGCCAACUUGCUCUUGAGGACUACUGGAUGGUCCUCCUGUCUCACCGUCGCCAAAACUCAGCACUUGUUGGACGCACGUAAGAACCGUUGGCUGGUCAUCUUGGGCAACACAAUUGGGUCUCGUCGCAAAGUCAUCUGCGUAGACCUCACCUCAUGGAUCAGCCAACCAGAAACCGAGCUGCCCAUCUUCUGCCGCAAGGGUGGUGAGACCUUGAGCGUGUUACCAUCUGCCUACUUUGAGACGGAACGAAGAGCCCCUUUGGAGGUGGACUGCCGCUUGGGCGUGGACCUCAUGCAAGGCCAGAGAGGACAACACAGUGACCCUCACAACGCCAGCAUUUUUGCACUUACGAAACCCCGCCAAACUCACACACUACAAGAGUAGACACCAUAAUUGUUUCUGACAGGGACAGAAAUUGUACCAUUUUCAAGCACUACAAGGGGAGGGGGUGGGUGGGAGACUAUUUCUAUCUGACUUAACCCGAGCAGAUGUUUCUUUUAUUUUCUGCGAUGGUACAAAAGGGACUCUUCCCUCGGAAUCCUUUCGCCACCCAUUUUGAGAACCACAUGGUGCUGUCCAGCCUUGGCUGCCUCCUCCUGUCCACCAGUUCCCAGCUUCCAAGCCUUAGGUGGACGACGUUUCUAGAAUGAACAACGCCGGGCCUGUACAGUUUUCAUACAUCCCAAGGCUCGCCGGAGCCCUU